UUUUUUGCUGGUUCUGUUUUCAAACAUGUGGAUGUGGUUCGUUGUAUUACGUAUAACUAUAGUAUAACGCAAAUUGAAGCAUGAAAUUUCCUUGUAAUGGAUAUAUGUCGCUUAGGGCGGUGCAGGCAAGCAGUGCAUGUGAUAAAGUGUUGCUCAAGGAACUACAUAGGAUUUGGAAUGAAUGACUACUUACCGGAAAACCCUUUCGCUAAGCAUCCAGAAAUAGAGGCACAACUUUACGCCGAGAUAUGUGACGCUAGUCAAUCCAGCGCUGCUGCAAAGGAACAGUUUUGCAAACUGAAGAAAUGGCUAUGUACGCCUCCACAGUACACCACGAUCAGAGUGAACACGUUGAAGACAACGGUUGAAGAUGCACGAAUAUUGCUUCAAGCAAAGUUAAAAGAUGCUAAUUUCCGCGAUCAACCAGACCCAGAAGUCAUCAUCCACCCCAAAAUUCCCGAUCUCCUCGUCGUUAUGCCAACGCAGUCACGUGUUACAGUGCUUCCAGCAGCCAAGGAGGUUGUUGUUGCACCAUUGUGUGGGGAAGCAGUGCUGAGAGGAUCACACGUUUUUAUACCAGGGGUACUCGGAGCUCCAAAGAGUAUGAAAGCUGGAGACAUAGUGGCUGUAUACGCAGACUUAGACGAUGCUUGUCUUAAAGGGUACACCAGGUCAUACACCGGUCGAAAAGUGUUCGUAGGCAAUGGCAAGGCACUCGUGUCCCGCAGCGAUUUGUUUGUAGCCAAAGUCUCCAGGGGUGUUGCUGUGCAGAUGACACAGCCCCUCUUCAGCUGCCCUCCGCUGCACGGACUGGCAACGGAUGUCCUCUUCCUCCAGAACUUACCUUCUGCCCUGUGCAGUCAUAUUCUUGACCCGCAGCCUGGGGAAGAAGUUCUCGACAUGUGUGCAGCUCCUGGUGGGAAGACCAUACACAUAGCGACCUUGAUGAGAAAUGAAGGAUUAGUUGUUGCUCUAGACAGAGCACACAACAGAGUUGGAAGAAUUUCUCUGAACUGCAAGACUUGGGGUUCGUCCUGUGUGAAGGUGUACACACACGAUGCAACUAACUUGGAAAGCCUUCAGCGAUCGAACGAUAAAAUUCCGCAACAGUUCGACAAGAUUUUAGUGGAUGCGCCGUGCACAGGCCUAGGACAGAGGCCAAGGCUCUUCUACAGGUUAUCGGUGAAAGAAUUUCAGAGCUACCCACCGCAGCAGAAGCGUCUUCUCGAAUCGGCCAUGCAGCUUCUCAAGCCCGGGGGUACUCUCGUGUACAGCACGUGCAGUAUCUCAACAGCGGAAAAUGAAGAUGUCGUAGCGUGGGCACUUCAGAAGUUCCCCGAUAUUCAUCUUGUAAAGCAAAGGUUCCACCUGGGCGGAUUUGGACGAAAGGGUAGUGGAUUGACGGAGGAACAGCGCCAACUGGUGCAAAGGUUUGAAGCAUACGAUGUGCCAGACGGAGAGGACGAUUACGACAUGGACACUAUAGGAUUUUUUAUAGCUUGUUUUUAUAAAGAAAAAUAAGUGUUACAUCUGUGCCAACGGUUAUUGGGUGGUUAUGAGCCAAAUUCUCUUGGUAACCAACACCGCACAGUAGACAGAAUCGGCGGAACUUUGUGUCUUGGGAUUAAACGCAGCAAAAACCCAUUUUUACGGCUCAAUUCGGGCCAUUGUCACCCAGGGUAAAACCCGAAAGAGCCUUAGAAUGGAACUUGCCCAGACACAAGGAAGUUGCCAAUAUUCACAUGAAUACGAAUGCUCAUUCAGUGGUGAAUCUUUUCAAUGAAAUUGAAUUGAAAACCAUGUGCUGGUAGUAGAGUACAAGUGUAGUACAAGCUUCGUGUCAACCUGUAAUGUGAUUUCCACAUUAAGUGAUGCAAAGAGGAGAGAUAGAAAAGAAAAAGAAGAUGAGAAAACUGGAGAAUAACGAUAGCAUUUGCAGUUUACUCUAAUCA